GGGGAGGGAAAGGGUAAAAAAAUUAAUUGGGUUAAAUGGGAGAAGGUUUGCAAAAACAAACAGUAUAGUGGGUUGGGAGUGAGACAGAUGAGGAAGUUCAACUUGGCGUUUAUGGGGAAAUGGUGGGGAUGGCUAGCAACUAAGGAACAGGGUCUAUGGGAUAAGGUUAUAGCUAGUAAGUAUGGUGGGAGAGGUGGUCAUUGGCUUGAUUGGGUAAGGGAGGGAAGGGGAAUAGGAUCAUUAUGGUGGAGAGAUGUGUGCUGUCUUAACAAUGUGGACGAGGAGAGUGAAGGGUGGUUGACAGAGGGUUUCAAGCUAAAAUUAAGGGAGGGAAAGGGAGAAAGGAGAAAGAAUGCUUCCAAAUGGGUAAUGAGGAAAAUGGAACAUGGAAGUGGAAUCUCGGGUGGAGGAGAGCCUUGUUCAACUGGGAAAGAGAAGAAGUUGCGGAAUUGCAAAGAAAGAUUGACAAUGUGUAGAUAUAUCCGGGUAGUCCUGACACAUGGAAAUGGGAGCUUAGCAAGGAAGGCAAUUACUCAACUAAAAUAGCCUAUAGAUUAUUGGCAAAUGAGCAAAAUGGACUGGAGAAAACUGUGGUAGGAAAUAGGAUCUUGUCAUAAGAUUGGAUGGCUUUGUCCUUAAUGUUAAAUGGGCAUUGAUGGAAUCCCCUAGAUGUAAUCUAAUAAGCUGCACUAAGCAGCUAAUUGACUCUACUUGGAAAUAAGGCAGAGUCAGUAGAUGCUCAAUGGCUUUUUCUUUUUGUAUUAUGGGCAAUAAUACCCCUUGUACUCUAUCUAAUGAAAUCAUUUUGUUGUG